UUCCCAACUCAGUGUAUCCUUUUAUCACAGAUCUCUUAAGUCUCUUUUUUUUCUCUGGUUUAUACUCAGACAGAGUCCUAUAUAUACACCUCCUUCAUGUAUUCAUCUGAGAAAAGUGAUGACCAGAAAUCCACCCCAGCUUCUUCUGCCACUACUGCUCCGGCCACCGGCACUCCUGUGAGUUCAGCACCAGCUCCUUGGUCGUCCGGCCUCUGCGACUGCUUUACCGAUCUUAAGAGCUGUUGUUUAACAUUUUGGUGUCCAUGCGUUGCUUUCGGCCAGAUCUCCGAGAUCGUCGAUGAAGGAUCCUCUUCCUGUGUAUUAAAUGGAGCAAUCUAUGCACUGAUCUUGUACUGUACUGGUGGAUGUCAAUUCUGGUACUCCUGUUGCUACCGAUCCAAGAUGAGGGGGCUAUAUAACCUGGAAGAGGGUCCCUGUGGGGAUUGCUUAGUUCACUUUUGCUGUGAGCCAUGUGCCAUCUGCCAAGAGUAUAGAGAGCUGGAGAGCCGUGGAUUCGAUGUGUGCAUUGGAUGGCAUGCUAAUAUCGCAAAGAAGAACCGUGAACUAGCUAUGCCUCCUGUUGUGCAAGAAGGCAUGACUCGAUAGACUGAACUGAAGAAGAUUCUCUAGUUAUACUGUGUGUUAGUAGGCCUUCGGUUCUAAAAGAUUAUUCUGUUAUGUAAGAUGAGUGUGAAGAAAUUUUACUUCAAAGUGUGUACUAUAUAAUGUACGAAGCAGGUAAUGUGAGGUGACCUUAAGAAUGUUGUUUGUUAUUAAUUAAAGUUGGUAUUUAUCCAUGUAAUUAUGGGAGGUGAUGUUGCCUAUAAUAGCAAAACAAAUCUGAGUGGUCUAUUUUUAUAUUA